AUGUGCUCAGUGAAAAAGACAAGGAUAUUUUUGAGACAUCAAAGCCGAGCCCGCACUAAAGCGGCAAAAUUAAAAAGAGAAAAGAUGCAGACCGGCAACCGAGGGAUCACUACUGCUCCGCUGACUGAGAUGGAAAAGAAAAUUGUAUCGUUAAUAGGUGUUGAGUACACAUUUGGUAGCGACUGCCCUGACUUUAUGCCAGAGGAAGAACUAAUGAAUAUAAGUUGCUUGAGACAGAGAGAGAUCAAGCAUUGUCAGCACCACAAAUUAUAG